GUCAAGCGAAAGCCGGCAAGUGAUAAUCGUAUGCGAUAUGAUAACAACGUUUAAAGUUUUUUUUGGUUAAAUUAGGCUAUAUGUAUUGAUAAGACUGCCGAGAUAAUACUACAUUUACUGUAAUUCAAUUAUAACAAUAUCGUAAUGUUUGUCGGUUAUUAUAAUUAAGAUUUAAAAUACAAAAUGAUCUAUCAAAUAAUAGCGCUACUUUCUGCAUUUAAAUUAUUUUUCAUACCUUUAUAUCAUUCAACUGACUUUGAAGUUCAUCGAAACUGGCUAGCUAUAACUCAUAAUCUAACAAUUGACCAGUGGUAUUACGAGUCUACGUCAGAAUGGACAUUAGAUUAUCCUCCAUUCUUUGCAUGGUUGGAGUAUGGCCUUUCUCAUAUAGCAAAAUUUUUGGAUCCAGAAAUGGUAAAAAUACAAAACUUGAACUAUGAGUCACAAAUGACUAUAAUAUUUCAACGCUUGUCUGUAAUCAUUCUAGAUUGCUUUUACUUAUAUAGUGCGAAAUGCUGUUCAGGCUUAAUCACCAAUGGAAGGCUAUUGGUGUUUAUUUUAUUGGCAGCAAAUCCUGGAUUAUUGAUGGUUGAUCAUAUACAUUUUCAAUAUAAUGGAUUUUUAUAUGCAUUUCUUCUUUUUUCUAUUUUCAGUAUGAUUAAGGGAAAAUAUUUAUGGGCUGCAUUUUGGUUUUCAGUUCUAUUGAACUUAAAGCAUAUAUUUUUGUAUAUAGCUCCUGUGUAUGUGGUUUAUUUGUUGAGAGCAUAUUGUUUCACUGUGGCAUCCACCGAUGGUGUUCAUACCGCAUGGUAUUCAUUUUCUAUAAAGAAUUUGAUGAAAUUGGCAAUAAUUGUGAUAACAGUUUUUACUUUAUCUUUUGGACCUUUUAUCCACCAUAUACCACAGAUCUUGUCAAGACUGUUCCCAUUCAAGAGAGGGUUAUGCCAUGCAUAUUGGGCACCUAAUUUUUGGGCUCUAUAUAAUUUUGGAGAUAAAGUUUUACUAUAUGUAUUACCAAUAUUAGGAAUAUCAGUGUCAUCAAGGGAGGCGUCCAUGACUGGCGGCUUAGUGCAGGAAUACGACCAUGGAGUCCUGCCGUUGAUAACACCAACUGUAACAUUUGUAUUGACUCUAUUGUCUAUGGUUCCUGCUCUAAUAAAGUUGUGGAAUCUAUGUGCGGACAGAAAAUAUAGAGCUAUGAGUUUUAUAAGAUGUAUGACAGUAUGCGCAACUUGUUCAUUUAUAUUUGGUUGGCAUGUCCACGAGAAAGCAAUAUUGAUGAUUCUAAUACCAUUAGGGUUCUUAGCGGUAUGUGGAGAAAUGGACGGAAGAUUAUUCUUAUUCCUGUCUACAGUCGGAACCUAUUCCCUAUUCCCAUUACUUUACCCUAAAUAUUUAAUAGGAAUUAAGUUGUUUUUACUGUUAACAUAUUGUGCCAUUGCUUUUGGUCAUUUACCUGCGUUUUACGUUGUUCCCAAAAUGAAAGGUACGAAAAGAAUUCGGAAACUUCGUUUACCAAUGUUGAAUAGAAUUGAAUGUUUAUAUUUAUAUAAUUUGAUAUGUUUAUGGGCUUAUGAAAACGCAAUACACUUCAUAUCAGGUAUGGACAAAAUGUUCCCGUUUUUACCUUUAAUGAUGACAUCGGUGUACUGUUCUUUAGGUGUUUUAUAUUUUUGGAUUCGAUAUUAUUAUUACUUUUUAACUUUCAACUUAAGUAUGGUUCCUAAAGAAAGUGUCGAAAGUACGCCAGAACAUAAUAAAAAGGUUAAAUAAUAAUGUA